CUUUUCCAAACACAGCAACAACAUGUUUGACGCACGCACCUCGACCUCUACCCAUCACCAUCCAACCCGCACUAGGUGUUCCCUAUGUCCGGCUCGUCUCAAACCUACUCCUUCCAAGCUGGAAAUCAAUAUAUAUUAAGUGGAGCCCGCGACACUAGGAUAGCGAAGGCGGUAUUCAAUAACGUCGGUCGCGACCAGUUGAAUCUUUAUACUGGAAAUCCACUUUGGGAAGCGAUUGCAGACGUCGGAGCGUCCCAUAACUCGGAACAACAGGUUGACCGAGGCUGUUGUCUCCCUGGAACUCGUGAAGCAGUUCUCGACCUAAUUCGACAAUGGAGAGUUUCUGGGUGCAGGAGUAUGCCGGUUUGUUGGCUUUCUGGCGCUGCGGGUGUAGGGAAGUCGGCAAUAGCAUUGACUAUCGCUGAAGAAUGCGAGGAAGAUGGCCUCGUGGCCUCGUUCUUCUUUUUCAGAUCGGACCCCAAGCGAAACAACGCCUCCUCCCUCAUCCUAUCUAUCGCACACGGCCUUGUAGUUACGAGACCGCAUUUAAAACCAGUUGUCGACGAGAGAAUCGCAACUGACCCCCGGAUACUCAAGGCUAAGUUGGAGGAUCAAUACAAGAAACUGAUUCUACAAAACCUGAAUCAUCCCCCCCCUUCAUCUGCUCAUAGGAUCCCCAACCUGGUCAUCAUCGAUGGUCUCGAUGAAUGUGGUAAUGCUGCUAUGCAGCGCCGUGUCCUCUCCAUCAUAUUUUCCACAUAUCAACAGCCAUUCCAUUACCCAUUGCGAUUCCUCAUAUGCAGCCGCCCCGAAUCCUGGAUCCGAGAAGAAUUUAUUCGGUUCAGUGGAUUGACCAAACAUAUGAAACUGGAUGAUUCGUUCCACCCCCGAUACGACAUCGAACUUUACCUCAAUCAGCAGUUUCUGGAGAUCCGCAGAGACCCCAAAUAUUCACACGUUGAAUUCCCAGACCCGUGGCCAUCUCCCUAUCAUGUUUGGUUGCUGGUUGACAAAUCUGAUGGUCAAUUCAUUUUUGCAACGACUACCACCAUGUUCAUCAAGGCAGACUACGCACUUCCAACUGACCAGCUUUGCAUCCUUGUCGAUACCAUAUCCAACCAGUCCUCUGAUUCCUCGAGAGAGUCACCCCUCGACAAUCUUGACAAACUCUAUCUCAUGAUAUUGGGUGCCAACCCUGACCGCGAUAAGCGUCUGCUCCCCAUUCUCGCAACGAUCGUCGUAAUUAGGAGAACAUCUCCAGGGCUCAUCGAACUCGUGCUCGGACACUCCCCCGGCACGGUUGCUCAGACGUUACGUGCGAUGCACUCGGUGCUCGAUGUCCGCGAUCGGGAUGAUUGCAUCACGAUUUACCACAAAUCCUUCACCGAUUUCCUCCUCGAUCGGGCACGGUCGAGGGAGUUCUUUAUCAACAAGUCCGAGCGGGAGGACUUUCUGGCCUGUCGGUGGACCAGGGUUCUGACUGAGCAGUUGAGAAAAGAUCCUGAGCUGCUAAGACACAGGGAUUUAUCUGGUUCUUUAGAGACGCUGGUACGCUACUGGAAUGUGCUCCUUAAACAAGUGCAUGGCCGUAUGAGCAGUGCGCUGACGUCGGAGCUGGAUGCUUUCUACCACGUGGCUUUGUCCAUUACCGCGGAGUUAGUGGGUCACGACAUGCUACUUCACAUACUUAUGGCAAUCCUACUGCUUCCAUCUGAUAUAUGCUAUUUCGGGUUCAUCCAACUAUUCCUUGGACUUGGCGAAGAAGUUUUACGUCAGGCACUGAAAUCAAUGGACCAAAUGAUUAUGAUUUUAUACUAUUCGAGCGACCUGGUAAUGAUUCGCACCGAGCAUUCCCACACCUUCCGGGAUUUCCUCUUUGACCGUUCUCGGUCAGGGAGCUUUUUCAUUGACAAACACUCUCAGAGCAACUUUCUUGCACUGCGCUCCCUCUGUCUGUUCCAGAGUCUGUCGGAGAUUUUACUCGGAAACUGGGUUCGCAUCUGCAGUGUCGUCGAUGAUCCUACCGAGGAAUUGCUGUCCGAACUUUACCAGAUGGACUUGAGUGCCGUCCUCGCAAAGUACCUCAACCGCGGUUUGUAUUGCCUGUUCCGUGACUUUGAAACUAUCUCAACCUGGCUGGAAUCUAAAACCAAUGGCAUAACCCCGCCCGACCUUAUUUAUCGUUUCAGAAAUGUCCAAAGAGCAUUUCACAUUCGAAGCACGAGACAGGAUGUUGAUUCAGGGCGCCACCACAACGUCAUCACCAUGAUUAUCCUUUCUAUCGUCGAAUGGACCGGGUACGAUGAUCUGAUAUGUGCCUCAUUGAUAAUGAGAGAUUUUGUGGACCACCAUUCCAUCAGUUUCCGUGCAUCAUUCAAUAUCGCAUUGCGCUCAGCCGAGUUUUGCGGGUGCUCGGGGCACGGAUUUAAUUCUGACUGCGUUUCAACCCCGAUUCCUGAUAAAACAGAUUUAUAUCACAUCAGUAUCCCAGCUGGUUGCGCUCAAAUUUUCAAAGCAUUUGUAGCCAGUUUGGAGGCAUACAAAUCACGAAAUUUCACCCAAUCGGAGGACUGCUGUCUCACUUACAAGCUACUGGUGGAGUGUCCGAGUCUACUGACACGAUGUCUUCCACUACCUGAACUCCUUCCCCACUUUCGGACGCUGUUGGAUGCGUCUAAGACAUUGGAACUCAGAGGCGUCCAUUCUUACCACAGGAUGUGGUCCGAUGAAAGUCGCUUAGUCCGGUCACGGGAGGUGCAAAGCAAGCUGCUAUCAUGGCUUGAGAACUUCCCUCCCGAUUGCGCCAACGAAGUUGAAACUGCCAAAAAUGAUCUCCUGUCUCUAAACCUAUUUCAUGAAUGAUCCCUUUGCUUUUCUGUUGUCAUUUGCCUAUAAAUGGAUUUAGGUUAAUGAAAAUUCUUCCGUUCUGUAUCCCCA